AACACAAACAAGCCCUUAAACCCAGUGAGGUCAUGGAUUCACCGCCAGCUGCAGCACAAUGAACACAAGGCAUUUGUUUCACAUUACUCGAGUCUGAUGUUUCUUCACCAGCUGCAACUUCGGCUGCCUCUGAUUCACAAGAUGGAUGGUGCGAGUUAAUCCCACGCAAGCCUAACUGUUGCUGUAAAUUAUAAAAACAGGGGAGAGCUCGCCAAAAUCUCCCACGUCUCACUCAAUCGGAUGUUCGUUUGCUCUUUUAAAAAAAAAAAAAAAAAAAAAAAAAUCUGUUUUUCUGUGGAUUUCAAGCCUUACCUUGCGUGCUGGCUACAGGUUAAGAAGAACACAUCCAGUUUGGCAGGAUAUAUGAAGAGGAAUUCUCAUUUGACAUACAAUAAAGGAGAAAUCACAUCAAUCAUAAAAUAAAAAAAAAUCAAAAAUUAAAAAAAACAAAAACAGUGGCACAUCAGUCAAGCAGAUCUUCAUUCAGUGGGAAAAUGACCUGGAAAUGGAUCAACGUAAUCUGCACUCUUUUGUCACUCUGCAUGACAUCAGUGGUAGUUAGUGACGAAGAUCCCGGAGCAAACUGUGCAGACUUCAACAACACAACGUGGCUAAAACACAGACAAACGAAAGGUGUUCACGUCCAGUACCUGCUCCUAACACGACAGAAUGCUAACUGCGCCAGUUUCUUCACCCAGGACUGUCUCAACCAUACACAGAAACACACUGCACACUUUAACAGUACACUUCCCACUAAAGUCAUUAUUCAUGGAUAUAGUGCUCUAGGCAGGAAGCCCUCGUGGGUGAGUGGCUUAGCCCAGGCUUUGUUAGAGAAGGAGGAUGCGAACAUCCUGGUGGUAGACUGGCUCAGUGGAGCCUCUUAUGCCUACAACCAGGUUGUGGAUAAUUACAAGGAGGUAGCUGUGCAGAUAUCAAUUCUUAUAAAACAGCUUACGACCAGUGGUAUCAAUCUGGAAUCAUUCCACCUCAUUGGAAUAAGCAUGGGAGCUCAUGUAGCAGGAUUUGUGGGAACUCUGUUUGCAGGCAAACUGGGACGAAUUACAGGUCUUGACCCAGCAGGUCCCAUGUUCAAAAAUGCCGACCCGUAUGACCGCCUGGAUCCCUCAGACGCCAUGUUUGUUGAGGCUAUACACACUGACUCCGACUCGUUUGGUAUUUCUAUUCCUGUCGGACAUGUGGAUUUUUUCAUAAAUGGUGGGCUGGACCAAACUGGAUGUGUACGGUCAAGUUUUGCAACAAUUUUUAUUUAUUUUCCAGUGUAUGGCUAUGUAAUCUGUGACCAUAUGAGGGCGCUGCAUGUGUACAUGAGUGCACUAAAUGGCUCCUGUCCACUCUACGGCUUCCCUUGCUCCAGUUAUGAGGAUUUCCUGGCCGGCCGAUGUACCACCUGUGAUGACCCCUUCAACAACAUUUGCCCACAGAUAGGCUUGCUGAAGAACAGUGGGAUAACAAUGUCGCCAUUACCCAUACAUGGGAAAGUUUACCUCCUGACUACAUCUGAAGUUCCCUUUUGUGUCCAUCACAUACUGAUUGAGCUGAAAGUGUCCUCGCUGAAAAAGAGUGCGGUGGUGCAGGUCACUCUGGUCUCCAUGCAAGACAUCAAGACAGAGCAGAAACUCCAUCUACAGACCGGCAAAACCAUUUAUAAAAAAGUGGUAGGGCACCCGGAGCAUCUAUGCAAGAUCGAGUCCAUCCAUCUGAAGAAUAUUGGAGCAUUAUUAUACAGACAAGGGAACGUCCACUUUGAAUACAUCUGUAUCUCCAAGAUCCCUAAAAUGAGUAGGCUGGACAAAUUGUGUGUGGAGAACAUAAAGAUUGGCAGGAGAGCACCAUGGUCACAUCACUUCAUCCAGGUGUGCUGAACAUCAGGACGGAGAGAGCAAGCGCCACACAAUGGACAACAUUGGAAGAUGCAUAUUACAAAUGCACCGAUGGACAAAGACCACACGUUAGAACUGCAAUGUAAAGACAACAGCAUUUAUUAAAGUGUUCCAUUAAAAGCACACAUAUCGCAUGUACAGUGUAAAAAACGCCGUUUACAAAUGUGUUGUUCGCUAACAGUCCGAUGAUAUUAGGUCAGACAUUACAGAGCAGUUAAAAUGCCUUUCAACCCUGAUCAAUUUCUGGAGUUUGGUUCGAUGAGUUCUUUCCUUCUAAUAUCAAAUAAUGCAAUAUCGUUAAGAUGAAAAUUCUUCACGUGUGUCUUAUUAACUUAACGUUAAUGUUAACCUUAAUGGGUUUUGUUGUUGUUGUUGUUUUUUGUGAUAUACAGGAGCUUGGCAUUCUUUAAUGCAUAAAUUAUCUGUGAAAUUAAUUAACAGUGUUCAGGCAAAUUUAUGCAUAACGUUUGGUAAUUAAAAUGUAGAAUAAAGCUUAAUCUACUACAGGCAAAUUAUAGACUGGGAUCAAUAUCAGCCAUGCACUGAAUUUCCACUGAGGUUUUAUUAAGGAAGAAUUGGCCCCAUGAAAAUACACUGAUUCCUUAUGGUGAAAUAAAAUGACGUUAAAUAGUA